UGAAGGGCGCUUUGCUUUACGCACUCGCGUUCGGCAUCCGAGUGCGGACACCGGAGCCGAGGCGCCGCGCUCACUUCGCGCUCCUCCUCCUACUCCUUCUCUCGAUUCGUUUGCCGCUGCUCCUUCGUUCUUGUCUUCUUCUUCUUCGUCGUCUUCCUCCUCCUCUGACUGAUGCGCGCCUUCUCGUCGUGCGGGGCAUCGAUCCUCAUCAGGCGCAUCCGUCUCGUCCGCUGUUGCACUUCAACGCGGCGAAGAGAGGAUUCGGACUGACGGAAGACGAAUUCGCAGUCUAACUCUCGAUAGCGGCAGUCGUAGCAGCAGCGGUAGUCGCGGCAGUCGUGAUCGGACGCGGAGCGGCCGAAGAAAUCGCGAGCAGGCACGAAUCCUACCGGGUCGGCUCGCCCUUCCUGGGGUCUCGCGCGCGGUUGCGCGCUCACACGCAGGCGGAGCCGCAGGCAUACAGGCGAGACUCACGAGCAGACGCGCAGGCAAACGCACACGAGUCGGACAAGGCAGUCGGGCAGACAUGGACCACACGGGCGGCAACCCCGUGGUUGCACAGACGCAUCACCACGGGGGCGGACAUGAACCCAUCAGCUUCGGAAUCGACCAGAUCCUCAACAGCAGCGACCAGGGCGGCUACCUGAUGGCCGGAGGCCGCCUCUCCGACUCGGACUACCACCUCCAAGGCAGCGGGGCUUACAGCGCCUGCAUGGGCCCUCCCUACAACGGCUACGGCGGAGGAGGUGGAGGAGGCGGAGGAGGAGGAGGCGGUGGGAUCUCGGGGAGCUGCGGAGGCGCCGGUGCGGGCGGAGGAGCAGGCGGCGGCGGGGGAGUGCCUCCCUGCGGCGUGCCCACGUUCACGGGAUCCUACAAUGUCAACAUGAGCAUGAAUGUGAACAUGGCGGCAGCGGCUGCUGCGGCGGCUGCGGCCGCGGCUGCCGGCGGCCCUCACGGCUGCUCGGGCGGUGGUGCCGGGAUGAUGGGGCCCGGCGGGGUGAUCCGCGUGCCCGCGCACAGACCCAUGCCGCCCCCCGGGGUGCACGGACCCUCGAUGGGCGCGGGCAUGGCCCCCAUGCCCGGGGUGACUCCCAUGAGCAACAUGAGCAAUCUGAACGCGAUGAGUUUCCCGUGGAUGGAGAGCAGCAGACGCUUCGCCAAGGACCGGCUGACAGCCGCCCUGGCUCCCUUCACCGUCCAGCGGCGCAUCGGCCACCCGUACCAGAACCGCACGCCACCCAAGCGCAAGAAGCCCCGCACGUCGUUCACUCGGCUGCAGAUCUGCGAGCUGGAGAAGCGCUUCCAUCGACAGAAGUACCUCGCGUCCGCGGAGCGCGCAGCCCUCGCCAAGGCGCUCAAGAUGACGGACGCCCAGGUCAAGACGUGGUUCCAGAACCGGCGCACCAAGUGGAGGCGGCAGACGGCGGAGGAGCGCGAAGCGGAGCGGCAACAGGCGAACCGCAUCAUGAUGCAGCUGCAACAGGAAGCCUUUCAGAAGAGCCUCAGCCAGCCCGUCAACCCGGACCCGCUGUGCCUGCACAACGCGUCGCUCUACGCCCUGCAGAACCUCCAGCCCUGGGCAGAGGAGAGCCCCGGCAAGAUCACGUCCGUCUCGUCAGUCGCCUCCGUGGUCUAGACGUGGGCCCCGGAGUCGUCCUGAGCAAGGCGGGGGGAGAGGGGGGCAGUGUAAGGAAGGUUGGAGGUGUGGGGAGGAUGGGGCCCGGCCGGCUGGCUGCAGUCGCCGAGAGAGACAAAGACGGCGAGCGAACCAUCUGUAGAAAGAGGAGCGACUGGGAUUGUCAACAGCGCUUGUUGAUGUUGUGGCUGGGAGGUGGGGGGGGUAGCCUGCUGAUGACAAGCGCAGACAAAGGCGCAAUCGGUGCGCGGCUGUGCGUGUCGCGCACGAGGCUACGCGUGGACUUGCAAUCAGCUUGGAGGGACUUGCGCGUCAGGCAUGGGCCAACGUCAAGAUGAGCAGCCGGGGCGGGCUGCGCGUGUGCCCGUGCCGCGCUCUGAGGGGGGGGGGGGGUUGUGUAGGACACGACGGGCUGAGCAGUGGACGUCUCUGCCUCUUGCUCCCUCAUCUCCUCCCUUCUCUGCCCCACAAGCGAAUUGAGCACUUAAUGACGACUUCUCGAAGCGCCUCGACCACGGCGACCCGUGGCGCCACGUGCCGCUUGCAUCAUCAGCAGCAUCAUCAGCAGCAUCAGCAGCAGCAAGCAAGCGAUGUGUUGGGACAGGCGACGGCAGCUGAUGUCACCAGACUGCCCUUGCAGUGACACGUGCAGUAGGCCCAUCAGCGGCUUGUGUGUUGUUUUAUUUAAGUUUUAUGGAAAAAAAGUCCGGUUUAUGAUUUUUUUUCUGGGACUGUUUUGGAGAGGGGGUGGGGGGGGGAGAUGAAGGUUCAAGGAGGCAACGGAAGUAAGUUAACUCUUGCGGUGUUGAGGUGGUCUCUCUCGUCAAACUGUUUGGACGGGGGGACAGAAACGACGCGACAAGGAAUUUGAUUAGGUGUAAUUAUAUAUAAAUACUGUAUUAUAAAUUGUGGACGCUACGAAGUCGGCAAACAAUGAAUUUGCAGAGGCUGGGACCUCAAAAAAUGACAUGUACAGCUUCCUACAAAAGAACUAUACUUUUGUACGUGUUGAAAAUGACUUAGGAACCACGUAUAUGGCAAUGACAAUAUAUAUUAAAAUAUAUAUUUAAACAGACCCCCCCCGCCUCCCCCCGCGAUAUGUCGGUAUUAUAUAAAUACUGUAUGAAGAACCACGGCAAGUAAAUAAAUAAUUGAUUUUAUAUAGGCUGUAUCUGUGCACAUGUAAAGAACGUGGGUUUUGCUCGUUAGGCGUGAAG